AUGGAUGGUGAUGAUUCUUCGAACAAACAACAAGAUUCUAGUCAAACAGUGAACAAUAGUAACAACGGACAAAAUAAUAAUAGUAGCAGCAAUAGUAAUAAUAAUAAUAAUCGAAAUUUUGAGCGAAAUCGUGGCGGACCGCGCGGAAACUUUUCACCAUCAAAAGUCGAAUGCAGAUAUUUAGUACAAAGUCGCGAUGCUGGUGCGAUCAUUGGACGUGGUGGAUCGAAUAUUCAAAAUCUUCGUCAAAAACAUAAAACAAUGAUUCAAGUUCCAGAUUGUGAUGGUCCAGAACGUGUUCUCACGAUUAGCGGUGAACUUGAAGCAUGUAUUUCAACAUUGCAGGAUAUCCUUCCAACGAUGCGUGAUAAUCAACGUAUCCAAAAUGAUCAAAGUGAAAUACGGUUGCUUAUACAUCAGAGCCAAGCGGGAGCAGUUAUUGGCAAAGGGGGAGACCGCGUUAAAGAAUUAAGACAAAAAUUUAAUGUAGGCAUGAAAGUGUUUGUACAAACAUGUCCAUUUUCAACCGAAAGAGUGGUUGCACUCAGAGGCCAUCCAGAAGAUAUUGAACGUUGUAUGCGAGAAAUCUAUAGUAUUUUAGAUCAAACUCCGCCUCGUGGACCAAUACAUAACUAUGAUCCAUUUAAUUACGACGAAUAUACGAUUCAGGAAUAUGGAGGAUUUUCUGACGGACAGGCAAUGAUGAAUCAACAACAAGGAGCACAAUAUGGAACGCCACGUGGUGUUCGUGAUGGAAAUUACAAUCAGCGAUACGGUGUCGGAGGCGAUUAUUAUAUGCCUCCCGUUGGUAAUGGUUACAAUCAGGGACCUCGUCCAUUAAUUGAUUUUGAUAGACGGGGUGGUAAUUAUUCACAACCUGUUCAAACAAAUCAGGUUACUAUUCCAAAUGAAUUAGGCAGCGUGAUCAUCGGUCCGAGAGGUACUAAGAUCUCCCAAAUUCGUCAACAAUCUGGUGCUAGUAUUACAUUGGAUGAUCCAACACCUGGUUCAAACGAUCGGAUAAUUACAAUUAUCGGUACACAAAUUCAGAUUAAUCAGGCUCAAUAUUUGCUACAAAUGGCUGUGAAAGAAAGUGGUAUGUGGAAUAAUAAUGGUAACAAUUGA